ACACGUGUUCCACACUUACAUAGUUUGUGUUUCUACAUGUACAUGUUCUGUUUCUGCAUAAUUCUACGGUACCGAUACCUACCAACCUGACUACUAGUCAGUGACUAGUGUUUCAACCCCACUAUACUACUACUACUACUGACUACUGCCAAGAGUCAAGAAUACCAAGUCAAUCUUAUAAAAUUAAGUAUCAGACAUACUACGCAUGAUGAUGAAUCUCGCUGUUGUUAACCGGCUCUUCUAUUUUCCAAGAAACUCCAUAAUAUCAACUCGAUACACGGUCCAAACGAGAGAAUACGCCGGACCAGCAACCUGGCCAGGAGUGAGGAAAUUAAAGAAGACAUUAGUUGCGGUAGAAAAAAAAGUAUUGCCCAUUGAAACGGAUGUUAACAGACUCUUAACUCAUGUAUGUGGUACAAAUAUUUAUAAAGAGGGAGGAAAAGACGUCGAGUUAAAGCCAGAUUCUGAAUAUCCUAGUUGGUUAUGGAAUAUUAGAACUGGCCCUCCUCCACCUUUGGAAGAAUUAGAUCCAAAUACAAAACAGUAUUGGAAAAGAUUGCGAUUACUUGGUUUAAGAAAAAACAAUCAAAAAAGUAUAACUAGAAAGUUUUAAUUUACUUUUGCGCAAAAAUAUAUCGCGCACCUAAACGUAGUACGUUUGCCGUAGGUUUGACGUAUUGAAAAGCGUUGAAAAUAAUUGUUAUUUCUGUAUUGUAACAUGUACAAGUUAAUAAAAAUAAUAUA